AUGUGGACUGAUGAGGAUGCAUUUUAUAUCUUUUUAUGGUAUCACAAAGCAACAGCCAAAUUGUACUACAUAGGAAUUAUUAUUGAAAUUACAGAAUUAUUAUCCAAACGUAUUAUGAAUUCUGGGUACAGUGUACCACAAGCGUUUUCAUUUCUCACAACUUUUUAUUUGCCCAGGUCUUUUCAGUGUCCCUUAAAAACAACCAGUAAUAUUUCGCUUUCACAAGGAACAGCUAGUGAUUUGAGCGAACCUAUAGGUCCAAAUUUAAACGACUUUGACUUAACAGCCAUUUACGAUCGAUUCGUUCGACCGUAUAAAGAAAAGAGGGUUGAAUUGGACCCCACAUAUUUUCCUUAUAUUAAUAAACUUCCAGGAAAAGUGAAGAUAAUUCCAGAUAAAAGUCUCAGAAAACUUACCAAAAAUCAUAAAAAAUGGGGAGAAAAAUAUCCACCAGAAAAAUAUCCACUAGAUGCUAAAACUAUCGAACAUAAUAUGUUGAACUUACUUAAACCAGGGCAAAUUCCAGGAUUUAAUCCUGCUGAAUUUGGCUUGGACGAUGAGAAAAAAUCAUAUUCAACGUCAUGUUCAACGUCAACGCAUAAUAAUUCUCGUUCUUCAACAAAAAGUAGCACCAAUAGUAAUUUAGAACUGG